AUGGCUAUCACUGAGGAAGAAAAUGCGACCCUAAUUUCAGAAUUUAUCCUUUUGGGUUUUGGAAAUCUUCAUGGACUACAGUUUUUCCUUUUUGGGGUAUUUCUGACCAUCUACGUGAUGACUCUUGCAGGCAAUAUUGUGAUCCUAACUGUGGUGUGCAUUGAUCGCUCCCUUCACACACCCAUGUAUUUCUUUCUUGGUCACUUCUCCUUCCUAGAGAUUGGUUAUACCACUACCAUCGAACCCUUGAUGAUAAGGACACUGCUCUCAGCUCAUGAGUCCAUUUCCUUUGCAGCUUGUGCUUGUCAGUUGUACUUUUUUGCUGCCUCCGUGGCUACAGAAUGUUUCUUCUUGGCUGUGAUGUCUUAUGAUCGCUACCUAGCCAUCUGUAACCCACUGCAUUAUACCAGCAUCAUGGACCACUGGGGCUGCUUACUGCUGGCUGGUGCCUCGUGGAUGGCUGGGUUUCUGGCUCCUGUCCUUCUCGUCACCCUCAUUUUUCGGUUAAAGUUCUGUGCUGCCAAUGAAAUUGAUCACUUCUUCUGUGAUUUGAAGCCCAUCAUGAGACUUGCCUGCAGUGAUACACAAACAGCUGAGAUGACAACUUUUAUAUGCACUGCUUUAUUUUCCCUUGGUCCCUUCAUAUUGACUUUGUCUUCCUAUAUUCAUAUCAUUGCCACCAUUCUGGGGAUUCCUUCUACUACAGGGAAGCAGCGAGCCUUUUCUACCUGUUCCUCUCACCUGACCGUAGUCACUCUAUAUUAUGGGACUCUCGGCAUUGUCUAUGGUUUCCCAUCAAGACCUCAGUAUGAAGAUUUAUUGAAGUUGCUUUCCCUUCUCUAUACAGUGCUUACCCCUGCCCUCAAUCCUAUCAUUUACACUCUAAGGAACAAAGAUGUGAAGGCAGCUCUAGGUAAAAUGUUGCGAUAA